CCCGCGUCGACCUGCACACGACCUCCAGACCGCCGCAAUAACCGCCGUGCACGCUGCCGACGCACACGACCUCCACGCCGCCGUAAUAACCGUCGCGUAUGCCAGCGGAAGCCGCCGACGCACACGACCUGCUCGCCGCUGCAAUAACCUCCACGCACGCCCGCGAAAGCCACCGACGCACACGCCGCUGCGCCACCCGCCGCCCGGGCUCACCCCGUCGUCGCGCCGCACGCACGCCGAAGCCUCCUCUGCACCUGCCGUCCCCUAGGCCCAGCUCAACUGCCCCACGCCGUUGCCUCCGUCUGCUCCCAGAUCCUCCAAGGCCAGAUCCUCCAAGGUCCAGCUCCUCCAAGGUCGAACUCAUCCAAGGCCCAGCUCGACUGCGUUUCCUCCUAGAAUCCUGAAGGUAUCUGCUUAGUUUAUGAUUCUCCAAUCCGUGCUUUAGAUUUCUCUUGUGGGAAUUUGAUUAGUAUUAGAGUUGUAGUCAUCUCUCUAUUAUUACCACCACGCUUUGUUACAAGCUUUACAUAGCGUAUACAUGCAUUUGUUGCUCUUCUUUGGCACAAUUUACUGUUACAGCAAUUCAGUGCGUAGUCUCAAUAAUUGGUUUUUCUGUUUUACAUUAAGAUUAUGUGUUUGUACAUCACUCGGGUAUCAGUGCAUUGUGCAUAUCGCUAAUAGAGUGCUUUAGAGGUUCAGUAUUGUCAUUUUACUCUUCAGUCAGGGAUUAGUGCUACGAUCAGGAUACAAACACGGCUUCUACCAAAUCUUGAGAACAAGAAAGAGAAUAAAAUUGUGAACUCAAGGUGGAAAUCCGAAAAAGAAGACGGAGCUGUGGGAUAAUUGGAAAUACCCUGUGAUGGUAAACGCAUGUAUGAUCUGACCUUGAUGCUCUGUUUUCUUUCUUGUUUGACAAUCCAUUAUGCAUUACAUUACAAUUUUGGCAUCAAUUAAUUUUUUGCAUGUAGCAAGAUCAUAUCGUUAGUCAAAGUGAUAUGUAGAUUAGUGAAUUUCGCUGACUCGCAGUUUACACAUGCGAGUUCAAAUAUUUUCCUAGGAUGCUUCCUUCUGGUUUUUACUGAUAUGCUUGGGCUAACCCUAUAACUGUUACUGCAUUUAACUUCAAUUUUUCAUGAGACCUAUCUAAUUGUGAUCUUGCAUAGGUUUUGCAUGAGGGUAACUUUGCAAGAAAUGCUGCAAGUUGUUUACAUUAAUCGGUAAGUUUUGACAAAUCUUCGUUUAUACUUCUGAUUGCCAUGUUAGUAAUGGUCAGUAUUGCAUAAAUCAUGUGUCUGCCAAAUAUUCCAUUCAUUUUCAUUUUGUGGUAUUAAAUGGAACACUUAAAUGAUGGUAACCUGAACUUCGGAACUACUUUUUGGACAUACUUUGGAUGUACCUGCGGUCGCCUUGGCAUCCACCUGGAGCAGGUGAGUCCGGCCAGCCACAGACCCGACCAUGAUCGUUGAUCUCUUGGGGCGUACGUUGUUUUAUUAAAGGUAUGUUUCUACCGUCGUAUAUGGUGUAUCCUAGAAGUUAGGUUAUUUUCCGAAGCCAUUGAUUUGGCUUAUAUUGUGUAUAACCAAAGAUUUGCUAACUUGGAGAUGGUAUUUGAAUAUGGUAAGAUUAACAUGGCUUAUUGGAUGGUACAUAGGUUGUAAUUUGGAUCUAUUUUUUGCAUACAGUGGUUGCUAUUGGAAAUGAAAAGAUUAGGCAUGCAAUCUCAGUUUGCUCAGAGGAAAAGUUCGAUGGAUCACCAUAAUCCAUAAUGGAGAAAUUUUAAGUAUGAUUCAUCAAGUUCAUUCACAUGUAGUUGGGUAUAAAAUAUGUCUUCCUAAUAAUAUGUAGAUACUGAUGAUCUCAUAUUUUCUUGGUGUAAUGGUGUAUACUCAUGAUAUUGAAAAAGCAUGAAAUAGCAUAUAGGUAUGCCUUAGUGUAAUGUAUCGAGUUACCUUAGAAGUGUUUUUUACAGAGUAGUCAUGCAGAUCUUGAAGUUGUCCUUAUGCUGAAACUAUUCUGAACUUGAGAUAACAAGAUGUAAAAUCUUUGCUGGUAGCAACCAACUACAAUUUAAGGUGUGUGCUCUAUGGCCAGCUGAUGGUAUUGCCCUAGCGCUAUAUAUAUUUACAUACGACUGUCUGGCUUUCUUAAAGAGGACAGUGAAAAAAGUUGCCUUUCUUCUAAAUUUUUUGAAGAUGUUUUUUUUAAUUUCAGACUAGGACGUAUACAUUUAUUGGUGCUACAUUGGUCCAACUAUGGCAUUUAAAUUAUAAGAAAGAUGUGUACAUACUUACACGAAAGUCAGUUUGAGCGCCUCUUCUUUUUUUAGUUUUCUCAAUAAGGCAAACCAUCAGACUACGGAUAAGUUGUUUUUGGAACAUUACAUGGUUGCAAAUUCACUUUUAUAUGGAACUUUUUUAUAUACUGUUGUUUGCAGAGAUGGAGUGUAUAUACAUUCAGAGGUCAAGAAGGUCAAAUUUGUCAAGAAGGUCAAAUUACUCUGAAGCAACAAGGGAGGUCAAAAAAUGAUGGUUAAGUUAACCUCUGGGCAUAGUACAUGAAGAAUAUCUGUCCAGCUGCGUCACCAUUUGGAUCAGGGGAGUGUUCCCCGUUUAAAGAGCAUGUAUGGCUUCAGGUGCUUCAGGUGCAUUUUGAACUGAUGUACAUACUUCUACUAUGUAUGUAUGGUAUCAGGUGCAUCUUCUAACAAUAGCGGCGUAUGAGGGAACAACAUACCAUCAUAUUAUCUGAUCAAUCUGACAUAGUGUACAUAGAGUUCUUUCAGGCAAUUGCAUUGUUACAAAUGACCAAAGUAGUAGCAGCUAUACUGUACCAUCUUGUUUGGAUUCAGAGAGAAAUCAAGUUUAAACUCAAUCUAGCAGUAACUUGCAAGUGAUUAAACGAGGAAAUAAUUUAAAUAGCAUCAGUGCAUUUUCUUAAAAUAUUAUGGCAUGCAAGUUUGAGUGCGGAUUUUGUACACCCAAGCAUGGGUGUGGGUGUAUCAUGUACCACUCGUUUCUAGUUUAAGAUUCGUGCAUGAACAGAUCACUUGGACAUUUCGCUCGACCUAGCACAAUUUUUCUGUCACAUCGCUCUGUCCUUUUCCGUGGCUUUUCUCCGUGUGACCAGGAGCAACAGUUGCUCUGUGCUCCAUGACGGGACCUAGUCCUUAGGUGAAGCUGCUCUGCUGUUCUCCAUUCUCACUCUCUCUCUCUCUCUCCACUUUUCCUCCUGCUCUCGCUGCCGGCAAUGAUUCUAGCUUUUUCUCCUGCCGGCCAUCUUCCCGGCGUGGCGACUGCUCCGUUGUGCCGCUGCCCGCCACCUUGCGCGCCGACCUGCAAGUCCAAGAGGAACAUUUCCCCAGAGCUUGGAGGGGGUUGUUCCUCGCUCUCGCCGCCGGUAAAAUCCACCUUUUUUUUUCCACCGCCCGCCUGCAAGUCCAAGAGGAACAUUACGCGGCCAGCGCCGCGCGUAGGCGCGACACGGUUGUUGCCUCUUCUCGAAGCUCCUCCUUACGUCGCCACUGCAGCUCCGCCUUGGCCGCCUCUUGAGAGCUAUCUCUCCGCCCGCGCCACCUCAGUGUCUUUCCCGUCGCGACCUGCAAAGAAAGAUGUCAGACACGGUGGAGGUAGCGAUGAAACAAGCGCCGGUGGAGGGGGGAAGAAGCCGCCGGCGGAGGUGGAGAAGAAUCUAGCGGUAGAGGACAAGAAACCAGCCGGGGAGGGCAGCGUCUCCCAAAUCAAUCAAGAAGGCUAGAACAGGUCCAGUCUUUCUCUUCGCCCAUCUGUUCUGAAGAACAAAUUAGAAAAGGCUAUCUAGCAUUAGCAACACGGCAUGUCUUUUUAAUUCCAACAAGCCCAACUAACUAGCUCCAGCCAUCUUUUCUGAAGAUAUUGCUGUUGUGCUUUAUGUUAGUAUUUGCAUCUAUUCUGACAUCUAAAUCAUGUUACAAAGCCAUCUUAUGCAGCUAGUAUACAAAGCCACCUCUGUUUUGAAGAAAGACGGAAUCCACUCCCAGUCUUGGGGCCGGCACGGGAGGGUUGGUGAAGGUACGGCACGCCAGUACUCCCCCGAGCUCGAGAAGAUAGAAGCAGCAUCGACUACGUUAGCCCAUGAAGCGAUUGAAGGCCAUAACGAUAUCGUCAGUAGUGGCAUGGACGACGGCGGUGUCCAAGAAGGGGUAGCGGCAACGGCAGCAGAAAGCAAUUUGGAGAUCAUCGACGACGGUGUCCAGAGCAUCAUGCAGCGUCAAGUUCGCCACUCAGCUCGAGUGAUUCUGCUUUAGUCGUCAGUUAGCAGUAAGCCGUCAGUUAGCAGCAGGCAGAUGUUUUUUGAACAUCUUUUUGGCCGAUGACAACUUGCAAUAUGGUAGCAAAAUCUGUCUUCUACCAUGUUCAGUGACAAUGAUAUGAAAUAAAUGGCUUGCAAGUCUUGUGAUUAAGAAAAAAAACAUGUAUUCCUUCUUCCUCUAACAUGUUUCAGUAAUACAAGCUGAUUGAAGGACACUUUUUGAUCCAUUGUAGAUCAAACUCAGUAGUAGCUCCUUCGGCGGCCUCGGCGUUCGCGCUCUUGGGCUCCAGAACGCGUGCCUCCUCGUCAAGCUUCUUCACAGGCUACACAUUCAGGCGGAUUCCCCUUGGGCUGCUUGGCGCUGGACUGAGAUUGGCGACAGAUCCAUCGUCGCUGGCCCGGCAACCUCCUCGGGUGGGCAUUGGGCGGCGCUACGCAGGCUCAUGCCUCUCUACCGCUGCCUCACUCGGGUUGAGAUCGGGGACGGUGGCCGCACCUCCUUCUGGCACGAUGACUGGCUACCUGGUGGGCCGCUGUCGAUCUCCGCUGCGGCGCUCUACUCGCAUACUACUUCGCCCGAGGCGACUGUCGCUCAGGCUCUGGCUGGUGGGAUUGACAGUAUCCUGGCUCCGCGCCUCUCGCGGGUUGGAGCAAGGGAGCUGGACUCGCUCCGGGCCGCUCUCGACGAGGUGGCGCUGGGCGAUGGGGCUGAUCGGCGCUCUCUCACCCGCUGCUCCGGGCCCCGGAACAAGCUGAUCACCGGCGCUCUUUACAGGCUCUGCAACUUUGGCGGGGUUAGUUCCGCCAACGCGGGGUUUAUCUGGAGAUGCCACACGCCAUCUCGAGUCAGUUUUUUCGGAUGGCUGCUCACCUUGUCGCGUGUCCAGACUCGCGACACGCUUCUUCGGAAGACCAUUGUGGAUGCGGCCGGGGCUGGCUGCCCCCUGUGUGAUGCCACCCUCGAGACCGCCAGCCACAUGACACUCCACUGUCCCGUUGCUGCUCGCUUCUGGUCGACGGUUGGCGUCGAGGUGCCGCGAGAUUUCCACGUCAGGGACCUCCACCUCCUUCCCAUGCCGUCGUCGAUCUCCAUGGAAACGGCGCCGACCUUUGCCUUGCUCUGCUGCUGGCAACUUUGGAAGCAGCGGAACGCGGCGGUGUUCAGAGGCGAGGUGCCCUCCCUCCCCCUCCUCCUAAAACUGUGCCGGGAUGAUGCGACCAUGUGGCGUGGACGGUUUCCGGAUUCACAGCGCUCUCAUAUCGAUGCCUGGCAUGUUUGCCUAGGCGGUACCUAAUUUUCUUUUUAGGCUACCCUCUUCCCCUUAUGUAACUCCACCUCUCUGCCCAUCUAUCU